AAUGUGUUAUUAAUAUUAAGAAUUUAGGAGAAAAAGUGACGCAGAAGUUCAAGGAUGAAAAAGAUUCCGAUAACACCAAUAUUCAACAAAUAAUGUAAAAUAAUUUCCAGAGGAGGAACGGGGGUCUUCAAUAGUUGCUUGAUUCUUCUCCAUAAUGCAAGCUGCUCAACCAUCACUCACUGAUGAAGCUCCCGAGAUUUCCCAUCAGGGUGUCCCACUGGGAAACAAAGAAGUUUCAGAUAGUGGACCCAAUGGUAGGCGCCCUGAUAUUUCACUUCAAGUUCCUCCUAGACCUAUAGGGUUUGGGAGCACUAGUGGUGGGAGGGUUCUGGACCAUUCUCAAAGUUUCAGCAAAGGGAUAUCAUCAUCAAGAGGCUUCUUGCGGGCCUUGAGCUUCAAAAGAAAAGGAAAUGUAGGAGAUGGGGAAAGAAGCAGCCUACUUAGUUCAGACCCCAAGACAGCUGCAGACAGUUCUAAUAUGGCCUCCAUAUCUGAAAUUGCAUGGAAAAGAUGCACUUCACUUCCUGUUACACCAGCAUCAAAUCUGUCUCCUUCAGUUGCUACACCCAUUUCUGCAAGGACAUAUAAUGAACAAACUAAGCCACAUAAAGACGUUGAUCGUUCCAAGGUUUCAAGGUCCCUUUCUGUACCUGGACGAAAUGUUGUUAUUGUAAGAUCUGUCUCUUUUUCUACCCGUAAUGAACAGGAGCAACAAGAUCAAAAUGAAGAUCAAAUAACUCCUGUGCCAGUAGAAGUUACUGCCGAUGAAGAAAUUCCUGAAGAGGAAGCUGUGUGCAGGAUAUGUUUCGAUGUGUGUGAUGAAAGGAAUACCUUUAAAAUGGAAUGCAGUUGCAAAGGUGACCUGAGAUUGGUGCAUGAAGAAUGUUUAAUUAAAUGGUUUAGCAACAAAAGCGACAAGAAAUGUGAUGUAUGUAGGCAAGAGGUUCAGAAUUUACCUGUAACUUUGCUUCGUGUGACAAGCUCUGUUCAACGACAAAACAGACAGAUGCAAGGGCAGAACCUACAUCCAGAGUCAAUAAGCGCAUGGCAAGACUUUGUGGUGCUUGUCCUGAUCAGCACAAUAUGCUACUUUUUCUUCCUUGAACAGCUACUGCUUCCUGAAUUGAAGACUCAAGCUAUUAUUAUUGCAGCACCAUUUGCCUUUACCUUGGGCCUCCUAGCUUCUAUUUUUGCAGUCAUUCUGGCAAUUAAGGAGUAUAUAUGGACAUAUGCUGCUCUCGAGUUUGCCCUUGUAGCUUUAACUGUGCAUCUAUUUUAUACAAUGUUGCAUUUGAUGGCCAUAUAUGCCAUACUACUUUCAUCAGUUUUGGGUUUUGGAAUUGCUAUGGCCAUCAACUACGCAUAUAUCCAAUUUGUCACCUGGAGGCUUCAAGUCUCUUAUGAUGAUAAUCCUGUAUGAAUCUCAUCACGAGAGAAACAGCUUCGUGGAUUUUUUUUUUCUCUGUAUUUACUGACAAGAUGAUCUGUCACAAUGUUUAUUAUGAAUCUUUUGUUUAUCAAUCAAUACCACGACCAUGUAGUAUAUUUUUUU